AUGUGUCAGAUCUUUGGCCUCGCCUUCCAGGGCAUCUGUGAUGACUGCAUGUACGACGACCAUCCCGAUGAGUACUUCCAAAUCCCCUGCUGUUGGGACGAGUACGGCGAAUUGUGGCUCAGUCCGGAUUAUGAUUGUCCUCGAGGCUAUCUUGCCUGCUCACUCGACGACGAACGCGACCCAGACGUCCUGAACACGAUCAGAGUCAUGCCACCAAAGGACGACGGCGAAAUGAGAUACACAUGCACGGACUGUUGUGACCCAACGCUUGAUGACCUAAUGGAAUUCUUCAAUAUGAUCAAAUGGCACACCGCUCUCUACGAGGAGAGGGCGUGUCUAUUGGAAGGUGGUUUUGGACGCCGUAUCGACACUCGCUACGUGUCGAUUCCAGACACGUAUCAUGGAAACAUCGAUAUGGACUCGGAGGUCAUGCAGCGCGGAGACUUAGAGGACGGGUGGAAUUAUCGUCCGAUGUGGCGAUGA